AUGGCGGAGCUGGAGCACCUGGGCGGGAAGCGGGCAGAGUCCGCGCGAAUGCGGCGGGCUGAGCAGCUUCGGCGCUGGCGGGGCUCGCUGACAGAGCAGGAACCCGCGGAGCGACGAGGCGCGGGGCGGCAGCCGCAGACUCGUCGCGGGAGCCCCAGGGUCCGCUUCGAGGACGGUGCUGUUUUCCUGGCCGCUUGCUCUAGCGGGGACACCGACGAGGUGAAAAAGCUUCUGGCCAGAGGUGCGGACAUCAACACGGUCAACGUGGACGGCUUGACAGCCCUGCACCAGGCCUGUAUUGAUGAAAAUUUGGACAUGGUGAAGUUUCUGGUGGAGAACAGGGCCAAUGUAAACCAGCAGGACAACGAGGGCUGGACACCUCUUCAUGCAGCAGCUUCCUGUGGCUAUCUCAACAUAGCAGAGUAUUUCAUUAACCAUGGAGCCAGCGUGGGUAUUGUGAAUAGUGAAGGUGAAGUCCCCUCGGACCUUGCCGAAGAGCCUGCCAUGAAGGAUCUUCUUCUGGAGCAAGUGAAGAAGCAAGGAGUUGAUCUAGAGCAGUCAAGAAAAGAAGAGGAACAACAGAUGUUACAGGAUGCCCGCCAGUGGCUCAACAGCGGGAAAAUUGAGGACGUAAGGCAGCCUCGCUCCGGGGCCACGGCCCUCCAUGUGGCUGCUGCCAAAGGCUACUCGGAGGUCCUCAGACUUUUAAUCCAGGCUGGCUAUGAACUCAAUGUUCAGGAUUAUGAUGGUUGGACUCCCCUCCAUGCUGCUGCACACUGGGGAGUGAAGGAGGCUUGCUCCAUCCUGGCAGAAGCACUCUGUGACAUGGAUAUCAGGAACAAACUGGGCCAGACACCAUUUGAUGUUGCUGAUGAGGGUGUUGUGGAGCACUUGGAGAUGCUCCAGAAGAAGCAGAAUAUGCUUCGAAGUGAAAAAGAGACACGGAAUAAGCUCAUUGAGUCAGACCUGAACAGCAAGCUGCAGAGUGGACUCUUUAAGAACAAAGAGAAGAUGCUGUAUGAAGAAGAGGUACCCAAGUCCCAAGAAAUGGAGGAAGAAAGCAAAGAGUCCAGCAGCUCCAGCUCAGAGGAGGAGGAAGGUGAAGAUGAAGCUUCUGAGUCAGAAACUGAGAAGGAAGCAGAUAAAAAGCCAGAAGCCAUUGUCAACCAUUCCAACUCUGAAAGCAAGAGUAUUAUCACGGAACAGAUACCACCACCAGCUCAGAAUACCUUCUCUGCCUCUUCAGCUAGGAGAUUCUCCUCCAGCCUUUUCAACAAGCCAGAAGAGCCCAGAGAUGAAUCUCCUUCUUCGUGGAGACUGGGACUCAGAAAAACUGGCAGCCACAACAUGCUGAGUGAGGUGGCCAAUUCUAGGGAGGCUCUGAGGGACCGAGGCUCCUCCAUCUACCGGUCGUCAUCAAGCCCUCGGAUUUCUGCCCUGCUGGACAGCAAAGAUAAGGAGAGAGAAAACAAAAGCUAUUUUAGUUCGCUAGCCCCCCGGAGGCUCAGCAGCACAAGCGACAUUGAAGAAAAGGAGAACAGAGAAUCAGCUGUUAAUCUAGUGAGGAGUGGUUCAUACACACGGCAGCUGUGGAGGGAUGAAGCAAAGGGAAGUGAAACUCCACAGACAGUUGCUCCUUCUACCUAUGUAUCAACCUACUUGAAAAGUGCUUCAUUUGGUAGAAGUAGUGACCCCACAAGUCCCUACAUUUCAGCCAAUCGCAGUCCAUCUGCUACCUCACCCAUUACCAUUGGUUCAUCUACCUCUCGGGGCAGCAAGUGGCAACCUGCCUCUUCUUGCCCUGCACCAAUCAGUGCAAACACUACUGCAUCUGUACACCAUGGCAGGACUCCUUACAAAUCCCAGGCUGACUCAACAACAGAGAAAACAGUAGACAAUGUCUCUUCUAGCACCCCGCUCUGUGUGAUCACUAAUCGCCCUCCACCUAGCACUGCCAAUGGGGUUACAACUGCCACUCAGCUCUCCGCUCCUGGAACAGACUCCUCUGUGGAAGCCCGGGACAGGAGGAGAUCAUAUCUGACUCCUGUACGGGAUGAGGAAGCAGAGUCCUUAAGAAAAGCACGCUCCAGACAAGCUCGGCAGACUCGAAGGUCUACCCAAGGCGUGACACUGACGGACCUUCAGGAAGCAGAAAGGACUUUCAGCAGGUCAAGAGCGGAACGGCAAGCUCAGGAGCAGCCUAGCCAGAAGCCCGCAGGCACCGAAGGGCUUGAGGGAAGCUCGGAGAAGCGUGAGCCCUCAGCAGCCCCGGCAAAGGAAGCUGGCGAGGGUCGUCAGCCCUGGGGCGGGAGUCUGGAUGGAGAACCUGUCUAUCGUCGCCUGAGGUAUCCAACUCAGCCAGACAAACCCACAACACCAGUGUCUCCUUCUGCAUCAAGGCCGUCUCUCUACACCAGUUCCCAUCUGCUACAGACAAGCAGAUCUUCAGUCCCUGACUCUGAGAGUUCGGAGACCACCACAAACACUGCAGUUGCAAAGGAAAUGGACAAAAAUGAGAGUGAAGAAGCGGAUGUGGAUGAUCAGACCUCUAAUAGACUGUCCAUCCGUGAGAGGAGGCGGGCCAAGGAACGACGGCGAGGCACGGGCAUCAAUUUCUGGACAAAGGAUGAGGAUGAAGCUGACGUGUCCGAAGAGGUAAAAGCAGCACUGCAUGAAAGACUUUCUAGGUUGGAAUCAGGAGGUAGUAACCCUACAAGCAGCGAUUCUUAUGGUGACCGGGCCUCAGCGAGAGCCCGCCGCGAGGCCCGGGAGGCCCGCCUCGCCAGCCUGACCAGCCGCGUGGAGGAGGACAGCAACAGAGAUUAUAAAAAACUCUACGAGAGUGCCCUGACCGAAAACCAAAAACUGAAAACAAAACUUCAGGAGGCCCAGCUAGAGCUAGCAGAUAUAAAGUCCAAGCUUGAGAAGAUGGCCCAGCAGAAACAAGAGAAGACCUCUGACCGAUCAUCAAUGCUGGAGAUGGAGAAAAGGGAGAGGCGAGCCUUGGAGCGGAAAAUGUCAGAGAUGGAGGAGGAGAUGAAGGUGUUAACAGAACUGAAAUCCGACAACCAGAGGCUGAAAGAUGAAAAUGGUGCCCUCAUCAGAGUCAUCAGCAAACUAUCCAAAUAGACUAGGCUUCCAGUUUGGGAGGGAAGGGGCAGCAUUUGCUGUUCCCACCCCUCUUUUCCAGCCAUUGCCUUCCAACCAAAAGAAGUGAAUGUUUUGGUGGAAGGACUUCUUUCUGACCCUCCUCCAGUCACCUCCUCUGCACCGUACGUGUCCUCCGCACUCUGAAUGCCCUGUCCCUCCCGUGCCCCGCGCCCCCUGAGUUUAUGGCAGUUUUAACUGAAGCAUGAUUGUGAUCAUUUGAGCCGUUCGAGCCAUCUGGAGAAGGCCUUGGGGAGUCCACCAGGCUCAGCUGUGGGUCCCAACUCCCUGCUGCGCAGCUACCCGUCCACACUGGAUUUGAUCCAAACAUGUAAGGCUCUACCCAAACCAGUACCCCACAGCCUUUUACACGGACCCAGUGUCCUCUGAUAUAGGUGAGUCUUACGGUGGCCAUUCCAGGAUCCUGUCUGGGAUGCCAGGGGAAACAGGAUGUUGGCAUAACCAUUGGACAGCCUCUGGAGCUAUGUUUCCGUUAGAUUCCAAGGUGACCGUGACUCUGCAUAGAAGGUCUCUGCUAGUCUGCACCUCUCAGGAACUGACUUUUCUCUUACUCCUUGCUGGUGUUACUGUUAUUUUUUCUAUCAACAACCCAGUAACAUGCCUGAUUAGUCUUAAUUCUUGUUCUUUCCUCAUGCCUGGCCCCCUUCCCCAGGGCUCAGAUGACCCUGGCUUCCUUAUUCCUUUCCUUUCUAUCCUUCUAUAUUCCUUUCUGACUCCCCUCCACCACUUUACCACAUUGUGUAAGAGCUAGAACAGAGCAUCUGACCUCACUUGUCUUUGGCCAUUAUGGAAAAUCAUUUCUCCUGGGGCGCUCUGGAGACCAGAAGAAUUGCCUUGGCGGCACCACUGGCCCUGUUGCAGAAAAGCCAGACCAUGGCGUAAGUGUCAGCCCACUGUUCUCAUCUCCCACUUGUCUUCCCUACACAGUGAUUCUCCUUAUUAGAAAAUCUGGGCUCUGAACACGCCAUUCUGCCCCAUCUCCUUUUGACCUUGUUUUCCUCUCUUCACUCUGGCACCUGCUCCAAAUGAGAAAGGAAGUCCUUGGAAGGAGUCAAGAGCUGGGAUGGGUGGGAGGUGGACCGGGGAGUGGAAGCACACAUACCUGGUGUGAGUAGAGUAUCUGGGGACAUCUGCAACCUUGUGACAAAGAGGACAGAAGAUAGGUCGUGCUGUGGUAAUGGUGGUGAAUGUGAUGAUUUCCAGUGGCUAGAUGUAGGGGAGAGACCAUUUGUUUUCUAAAAGCCAACAGGAGAAAAGACCUCUUAAUAGAGGCUUAAAGUGAUGGGAUACUUCCAACCCACUGAGUCUCAGAACCUUAGAGUGGCAAAGCCCAGAGGUCAUUUGGUUGAGCUUUCCAUUGUCAUGUUAGAGGGACCCCCGCCAGGACCCCACUGCCCCAGCUCUGGCCCGCUGUCAGAUAGCUGUGCAUUUGUCCCUCGAAAGGUGGGCAACUCUUAUAACCAGAAAGCUUUUCCUAAGAUAAGUCGAGGUCUGCCGUGGGGGCUCCACACGGUCCAGUGCUGCCCUUUGAUAUGACAGCCCCUCGUGUCGUUGGUCAUCUCCCCUUAACCUUACUUCCAACUGGCGUUUUCCCGGUCCUUGAAGGCAUCCCUCAUAUGGCAUACUUUUCCUGCCUGUCACAUCUCGUCUGUCUGCCUAACGUAUUUGGCCUUUACAGGCAUUUUCUCCCAUGGUUGGUUUGAGUGUGCGGGUCAUGUAAAUCCUCCUCAUUUUAGAGUGGCCCAUGGUAUUCAGUGCUUAGGGUGGUCCAUUCUCUUAACAUAUACCACCUCUGCCCAUUUUUAAUUUCUUUCCCAAAAACGACAGUGUAGUUCUUCAUGGCCCUCUGAAAUGUUACAUGCUCUUUAAACCAGAGGUCCUAAUUCCAGAAUAGGAAAUAUGUCUCCUCUGGCAAGACCCCAUUUUUAGAAUAUACAGAAUUCUCUCUUCCGUUUCUGACCAUUUUCCAAGAGAAGCCACUACUGAUUAGGAUUUCGUAUGACCUUGGGAGCACUGUCAGCUCAGUUCUCAGGGAAUGCUAAAUUAGAGUAAAAUGUUUCCUCACUUCCACUAUAAACAUCUUCUUCAUUCUAGGGAGAGGGAAAAUCAACAGAAGGUGUUGACUAAUUGAUUCUCCGGGCACAUCCUGGAUAUUGGGCAAGGCAUGGGAGUGGUUCCUGCCUCUUUCUCAGGAAAGGAAAGCUGAAUUAUUAGGAAAAUAUCCUGACCCUCUCACAUUAGAUAGACCAGGGAAAGGGGUUACAGUUCCCUCAUCUGUUUGUGCCUUUCAAAAGCGUGGGACAGAAUCUAAAAACUCUUAGGUGGGUGUUAGGCCCUGCUGCUUCACACAGCCCUUUCACAUUAAAGAUGCCUUUUCUUGCCAGAAAGUUUUCCUUGUGAUGAAAAAUUUGCAAGCUUUUCAAUCUCAGGAAUAUCGGAUUCUAUGGCCAAAAAACCAUGAAAGUGUAAACCAUCCCAGGUAAUUUCAGGCACUCUCUCUUAUGCAAUUAACUUUAUUGGACAGAUAGACUUUGAAUUCUGGUCCCUUCCCAGAGAAUAAAAUACCCUUUCCUCACAGUUGCGUUGACUGGAAGCCCAGGAGUGAUGUCUAGAGACCUAAUGGCCAGCCAUGUGCUCUCGGUGCCGACAGCAGCAGGCCUCCCUCCACUUGUGCUUUUGGUCUCUGCAGUGGCCACAGACCUCCUGUCCUCAACCUACUGGUCUGGAUACCAAGAGCACCCCAGAUAGCUCAGGCUGUGUGAAUACUGCCGGUCUGGCCAACAAUUUGGGGCUCAGCUGUGCUGGGUCACUUUCAGACUCUUUACAUGAAAUAGCAGGAUGGGGACGAGAAGGUUCUUGGUACGACUUUAUAUACUCUGUUCUCAUUAAUUUGAUAUUUUUCAAAACCAAGCCACACCUUCGGGAGUAAUGAUUCGGCCAUUCCAGAGAUUCUCUGGCUGAAGUUUCACUUUUCCGCCUGUUUGGCCUUCAAGGGCUGCUUACUCUUUUCCAGAUCGCUCUUGGGCAUGAUGGCCCCUGCCCCAGUCCCAGUCUCCAGUGCAGCAGGGUCAUGCAAAUCUUGGGGUGUUGCCUGUAAAGAGUCUGGAGAACAGACAUGCCCUGGGCUUGUGCAGUGCGCUGGGUUCUCUCUCGGGCAGUCUUGCUUGACGUCUCCUGGAACCCGCCUGGCUUUUCCUAUCCAGCUACAGGAUGCGUUCACUUCUUUCCGCGCCUUCCUGUCUCCCACUCCGCGUUUGAGACCAAGAUACAUUUAUUGCUCUCUGAGGCCUCUGGUGAAGGAGGCUUCAGAUCUCUGGUUUGGGUCAUUUCACAGGCUUCCCCUGCCCAGAACAAAACGUGCUCAUUCGGUAGUUGUGCUCAGAAAGGAGAAGGCUGAAACCCCAUGUGUUAGCCUGUGACUCUCGCAAAAUCGUGCGUCAACUUUCAGGGGCUUUUAACUGAGCCACGGAUGAGAGGAGGAGAAAUUCUCAAAGCUGCGCAUUUGGUUUGGUCUCUGGCUUUCUGGCCCCAGCGCAGCCUCCCCUAGCCAGACAGACAGACUGCCUCCUCUCGGACACAGGCCAGCAUUUCUAUCCCGACCACGGUGGCCGUCCUUCUGCCGUGAGAGAAGCAUAGAGAGGAGAGAUGAACUAUUGAAAAUACUGCCGGUUCCUCAGCUUCCAGGCUGCUCAGCCCCACGAAAGGGAAAGCCUGAAGGAUUCAGCAACUGAGCCACGAGGCAGGGGGCAGUUCCUGGUACCACCCCCCUGGGUGAGCCCCUGGUUCCACCGCAGCUUAACAGGUGGCGCUAGAUGGGCGCUGGCCGCGGUCCUUCCCUCCUGGCCGUUCCCAGGGCCGCUGUUUGUGCCAGCACCACACUAACUCUAGACACACAGUUGGCAGCCCCAAACCUUGGCCCGAUUCUAACUGCAAAGCUUGCAUCCCACACUGAUUUUUAAGGCAGGUUUCAGCCCAUCAAAGGAUGUGAGUCCCCUCACCCAAUAAGCACGGCAGCUUUGAGGGCAGAAGAAGGCAACAGGAAAGGAUAAGCCCCUAGGAGUCAGAACAGCUGCAUUGUAGGGCCAGCUCUUGCUAGCCGUGUGACCUUGGGAAAGUCACCUUCGCCGUCUGCAGAAUGCAGUUUUGCACUAGAUUGUCCUCAAGAUCCCUUCUAGGCUUACGAUUCUGUGAUAUAUUUAUUCCUGGGAAGAUCAGAACAUUUCUUAACUCAGAAUUUUUGCUCUUUCUAAUGGCAAAAAAUCUUGUUUUCUUCUGGAUUCGUACUGUUUAACAUCGGCACGUCAAGGUUGACUUCUCAUCCUUGUUAGAAAGUGAAUUUAAUAUUGAAGGUAAUGGAAUGGUGUUGCAAUUGCUUUCCCUCCUAAUGGCUCGGUAGGAAUAUUAAAACCUGCAGAGGUGGAAAUUGGAGCUCAUGGGGAAAUGGAUGGAAAGUAAUUCGUUGCAGGCAGCCUUUGGACAAGUUGUUUUAAUAGGAAAUAGAGCUACUGCUUCAUAGAUUUCACAGCCUUCUCGAAUGUGGUCUUCAUGGCCCUUAACAUCCAAAGGGCAGACACGGCCCCUCUGCUCAGCACCAGCUUACACAUAGUCUUAAAUUCUGCCCUACAGCAGCAAGAGAGUUUUCCUCAAUAAAAACCUCAACCUUUAGUUCUGGGGAGCCCCUCUGGGUUCUGGACUAUCCAAAGUAGGAGGUUCCCACGCUGUUCAGGGUGAUCCUUCCUUUAAGCAGGUCUGCAGAGGAGACCGCUGGUGCAGGAAGAGCUCAGAGACCCUAAGUCCACACAGGGUGUGGCAUAGAACAGCACUCCGAAGAGCGUCCUGCAGGACUGGGUGUGAGUGGAGUGAAAGGCCAGAGCCCCUGAAAGUGAAGGUGGCCCGUGCGCUGCGGUGGGAAGGUGGGAAGGAGGCAGAACCAAGAGCAGGGUGGAGG